AUGCAGCAUCGGAAUUACAACAAAAUAGCGCGGCCAUGCGGUCCGUACGACCGAAGACGUACUGGCCACCGUUGCGCGCGUUGCCGUCUGGACCAUAUCGCGUGUGAUGGCCGUCGCCCUUAUGCCGGCUGCCUACAGAAGCAAAUUGUUUGCCAAACCCCUUCAAGCUCACGUUGUGACAUGACAGUACUUCGCUACAGGCCUACAAAGCACCUAGGGGCCGUCCGAAAGCCCUUAGUAGACAUCUCUUCUCUCUACACUACUUUGUUGUUUGACGCCGUUAACCCUCGUACUCAACCACUUAUUGAUAUCCUCUCAUUUGAUUCUAUUGGUCAUCUUUUCCAUAACGACGAACUUGUCCACAAUGCAGUCCUCGCUCUUGGUGCGAUUACGCGAGCCACAAGCAGGUUGAUGCCGGCCCUAUUCAAGAUCUAG